CUACCCGGUAUAUUUGCUUGGCAAAUAUUCUAACAGAGAAUCAUUUAUUCAGUUCAAUAGUUUGGAAAAAUAUUGUGUAUUUGUAUUGCUGGCUGGAUCCGACAUGAUUGGAAAGUUUUUAGCAUUGGCAGCGACACUUGCUGUAGCAAUAGCCUCUCCGGUAUAUGGUCCAGUUUCCUACGGCCCCGCUCUUUCCUACGGAUAUGCAGCAAAGGCAAUUCAACCUCUGCACACGGUAGCAGUGGCGAAACCGGUAAUCGCAGCUGCCUCGUACAUCCAUCACGCACCUCUCAUUGCACAUGCCCCGGUCGUUGCACCUGUUGUGAAGCACGUGGAAGCCUAUGAUCCCAAUCCACACUAUAGUUACAGUUAUGGAGUGGCUGAUCCUCAUACCGGCGAUUCCAAGCAUGCCGAAGAAACGCUAGCUAACGGAGUAGUGCACGGCAGUUACUCGCUGACGGAACCAGAUGGCACAAUCCGCAAGGUCACCUACACGGCGGACAAAAUUCACGGUUUUAAUGCCGUCGUGGAAAAAUCAGGUCACGCAGUUCAUACGGCCCCAAUCGUCAAGAAGGUUGUCGCUGCUGCUCCAAUCGUGCAUGCGGCUCCCUACGGCUACUAUCAUCAUUGACCACACUGGCGCACCAAAAACCACCCUUUAGCUCAAGCUGUAUGAAAAGUGCAAAGUCUAGUAUGUAAAAAUAGCCUAUAAGUAUAGUAAAUUAAAGCAAAUUGUCUCCGUUUCACUGGAGAUGGCAAAAAUCAAACAAAAACC